UAAUUGCAUAAAAAAUCUUUGUGCGCAAAGUUGAAGCCGUUACCAAUCGUCUCAAAAGAACAUACUUUUUAUCUUCCUAAAUCCUGGGCUUCGCGCAUUAGCCUUAACUAAUCCAAGAGGGAAAGAAAGUAGUUGUAGCUAAGUAGCUAACACCUCAAAUCUCAAUGAAUGAAUCCACCAUAGAAGAUGUAGCACUGUGGAUAAAUAAAGCAAAGGAAACAAACGUGUCUUUUUCAUACUUGUACCUUUUACAUUGCUUUUCCUAAUUCUGUCUCUUUUUCUUCUCCAAAGUUCAAUUCAUGAUGAUCAAAACCAAGAUCCUAGUUAACCAACUAAUUAUUUAAUUAUAAUUAAUAGUGGAAGAACCCCACAAGCAAAGUUUCCUUUUUCAGUUUACAAACUGUGUGAACGCUUUUGCCCUCACCUGUCCCACCCUACAAGCAUUUUUGCUCUCUGGGUACUUUUGAAGCCUGCAUUCUUGAUGGGACUUGUUUUUACCAAAUGGGCAUGUGCAUUCUUACUCUGCUGUUGUCUCAUCACUUCUGGGGUAUAUUCAGUGGAGGGUUUACAUGGGAGUUCUAAUGUGAGAGGAGUGAACUUAGGAGGGUGGCUGGUUAUUGAAGGUUGGAUCAAGCCUUCACUGUUUGAUGGCAUUGCCAAUGGAGACAUGCUAGAUGGGACAGAGGUUCAAUUUAAGUCAGUGACGUUGCAGAAGUAUGUAUCUGCUGACAAUGGAGGAGGAAUGAAUGUGACAGUUGACAGGGAUGUCCCAUCUUCAUGGGAAACCUUCAGGUUAUGGAGAGUAUCUAAGUCAGAAUUUCAAUUUCGUACCUCCGAAGGCCAGUUUCUUACAUGUGAUGGUGUAGGCAGCUCUGUCUCUGCAACAGCAAAAUCCCCUUCAAAAUCAGAGACAUAUGAAAUUGAGCGGAAUGAAAAGAGUAGGAUUCACAUCAAGAUAAAGGAUGGUGCAUAUCUUCAGGCUACAACAGAUGGUCACCUUACGGCAGACUACCCAGGUACACCAGGAUGGGAUGAUAAUGCUGCCACGUUUGAAAUGACAAUUGUAUCAAAUAGCUUGCAUGGAGAUUACCAGCUAGCCAAUGGAUAUGGGCAUGAUCAAGCAAAGGAUGUUCUUAGGAGACAUAGAAAUAGCUUUAUCACCAUAGAGGAUUUCAAAUUUCUAUAUAAACAUGGAAUAAAUACUGUGAGGAUACCAGUUGGGUGGUGGAUUGCUUUUGAUCCUGAUCCUCCAGGUCCAUUUAUUGGAGGAAGUCUUGAAGCUCUAGAUAAUGCUUUUUCAUGGGCACAAGAAUAUGAUAUAAAAUGCAUAAUUGACCUUCAUGCUGCUCCUGGUUCCCAAAAUGGGAUGGAGCAUAGUGCAAGCAGGGAUGGAUUUACUGGCUGGCCAACUUCUCCAGAUUACAUUUCUCAGUCAUUACAUGCUAUUGAUUUUUUAGUUUCUAGGUAUGCAAGACAUCCUGCAUUGCUAGGAAUUGAGCUAUUGAAUGAACCAGCUGCUGGCGCAGUUUCAUUAGAUGUUUUAAUAUCAUAUUACAAGCAGGGCUACCAAAUAGUUCAAAAAUACUCGUCAUCAGCUUAUGUGAUAAUCUGCCAGAGAAUUGGUGCUGCAGAUCCUUUGGAACUUUAUCAAGCCAACAUAGGAUCUCACAACCUAGUUUUGGAUUUGCAUUUCUACAAUCUCUUUGACACAUUUUUUGUUAAUAUGAGCGCUGUGGAUAAUAUACAAUACAUAUACAAAAGCAGGGAAGGUCAAUUGCAGGCCUUAAACAAUUCAAAUGGCCCACUUGUUUUAGUUGGAGAGUGGGUGAAUGAGUGGAACGUGACAAACGGAUCCAAAAAUGAUUAUCAAGACUUUGGAAAGGCACAGUUAGAUGUCUAUAAUGCAGCUUCCUUUGGAUGGUGCUAUUGGACUCUAAAAAAUGACAGAGAGCACUGGGAUUUUGAAUGGAACAUUAGAAACAACUAUCUUCAAUUAGGAAACUCACCUAGGAAAUGGAGCUUGAACAUUCUAGGAUUAUUAUUAGGAUUGGCAUGCACCUGGUUAUGUCUUCCAUUUUUGUGACGCAACUUUUACCAGGAUUGGAAGCAUAUUUUAUGCAGCUAUUUCUUGGUUUUUUUUUAUUAUCUACUUUUGCAUCUUGUUCAUGUUGUUGGGAAUUGCAGAAUGCAGUAAUAUGUGGAAUGUACAAAAUUUCUGCAUGCUGCCCAUUCCAUAAUUUUCAUAGCCACAUUUCGUGCAAAUAAAGCUAAGACUAUACUAUGA